CUUCCCUCACCAGACAUCAUCCAGUAACACAGGCGAACACAGCUCCCUCUCUCUCCCUCUCUCUCUCUCGCACACACACUCAUAUAACGCUGUCUCUCCCUGCAGCUGCAAACACAUCGAGAGACCACAGAGAGACCACAACAGCACCCAGGACUUUAGACGCUGGCCCCUCAUUUACACCAAGAGGACCUCAGCAGGAGAGACACUAUCCGCUGCAACUUGCACGAAAAGGGAUCUACGGCUGUAUUGAGCAAAUAGGCUGAUAGCCACUGAGGAAGACUUUUAUCUACUUUAUAUUUUAAACCCCCAGACGCUUCUCUGUUGUUCCACAAUGUCCGAGGUGCUGCCAUACAACGAGGGGAAAAUGAGCGGCUACGGGGCGGACAGCGAGGUCAGCCAGAUGUCCUUUAGCUGCGGACUGCAGGACACAAGCGCCUUUUUCGCUGCGUCGCAGGCGAAAAGACCCCCAAAGCUUGGACAGAUCGGCAGAGCCAAGCGAGUGGUCAUCGAGGACGACCGAAUAGACGAGGUCCUGAAGGGGAUGACAGACAAGUCUUCACCCGGCGUGUAAACGUGAACGAUGCCUUGCAGACUUUUUUAAUUUUGAUCACCAAUUUGAAGCACUUGUCGGCUGUGCAUGUUCGAGGAUUGCAGGAGAAAACGGCAGCACGAAGCGAGGAUGGGAUGAUGAUGAUGAUGAUGAAAGGGGAUGAAAAAAAAGCGAAGAGGGGAAAAUGGAGAAAGGAAAAGAAACGAAGGAAGAGAAAGAGCGAUGAAGAAAGAAUGAGAAAGAGAGAGAAAGACUCUGGAAAAGACCAAGAUUUAUCAUGGGAUUGCUGGCAAUUCUUCAAACGAAUCCCGAUUUUAACUACUGCUGCGCAGCAAGAUGUUGAGAUGGCGGACACUGCUCUGUAUCUCAACCUCUGCUGACUUUAAUGAUGGAUGAACUUGUCAUUACUUCACGACCAUCUCUUUUUUUCCUUUCUAAAAGCGCUGUAAGAAACUAAAAUACUGCAACUGGAGGCUGAUGCUAAAUCCCAGCCCUAUUUCAAUAAGUUGUACAGUAGGUAGGCUAAGCUCUCAAACACCCGACACCCCCACCUCCUCCCUCCUUACUCUUCCUCCCUCACCUCUUCCUCCUGUAGGCUUUGCUUUGUUGACUCAGUCGGCGACGGUGCAUUCAAGGGAGCUGUCCUUUCAGCACUGGUCCAAUGCAUUCCUGUUGCUGCUAACGCUUUUAAAAAAAAACAAAACAAAAAAAACAGACCAACCAAACUCUUGAGUCUACUAAAUAGAGGAGACCCAUUGUAUGUAAAAACAUAUAUCCGAGGAUGGUGCAAUGUUAAUAUUUUCUGUAGUAGAAGCCCAUUAGUUUUUGUUGUUUUGGCCCUUAAACAGCAUUAGGUCAGAGAUUAAACCUAAACCACAGGCUACAUUCUUCUUCUUGCAUUACCCAUCAGUGGUUAAAGGUGCAAGCUGGCACCUUCAUGUAGCUGAUCUACACCUGCACAUAUCUUUUUUGCCCCCCCCCUCCCUUUUUAUUUUAUGUUUUGCAUUUUCAACUGCUCAGAUAUCUACAGAGGCCAGCAGAGAUGUGGAAAUUAUAGUAAAUGUUUAAAAUAAUAGUCAUGAAAUUGAUGGGAAAAAAUAUGCUUUCUAUAAUUUGGUUAUUUUAAUUUUUGCAAUUAUUCGUGUUUUGUCUUCUAUAAAUUGAAAGUUUUUCUCCAUCUAUUUGCAUGAACUUUCACUCCGGUGCCAACACAGGUGCCACCACUCUUACCCUGGCACGCUUCUUUUUAACAAAAGUCAUAUUUGUAUUUUUAUAUCUAAAUAUUUGUUAUUUAAAUGAUAUGCUAGUCUAUCGUCUUACAAUUCAUCAACAAAAAUAUUUCUACUUCAGAGAGGAUAUACGGGAUGAGACUAAGCUUCAUAGAGGAGAAUCUAAGUUUUUGGUGGACUGGUCUCAUUCUAUAUCAGAGGUUGGAUGUUUUUUAAAGACUAACUGAAUGUGUCUGGGGUUUUUUGCACACAUCAAUGUUAAACUAUUAUUAAGAAAUCGUAUACUGUGACUUGAGCUUCGUUGAUGAAUUUGUUAGAAAAUGGCAGUUUUAGAGUAUAUUGCACUGUUUACGAGUAUCCUCAAAUAACACGUUGUUAUUUGACCGACUUUGGACAUUACAGUUUUUGUUUUUUAAUUUUGUUUAUUUUGUACCAUUAUUUUAAAGAAACUGGAUAUGGUUUGUUGUGCAUGAAACCUUAAUAUUUUCAAUAAUGAAACAUUGUUUUAUGAAGCAAAAAAGCAACAAAAAUGUCAUGACAUUCUAAGAAUGAGUCAUUGUAUAUUAUGAUGCCAUUUUCACUGUAUUUGGUGAAUUAAUAAAUGGUGAAAGAAAAUGUUAA